AUGUCAGGGUGGAGCAAUGGAAGUUCCAACGUGGGAAGCUUCCUCCUGGUGGGCUUCCCAGGGCUGGGGGAGUCCCAUUCCUUCCUUGUGCUGCCCUUCCUCAGCCUCUACCUGGUGACUGUCUUUGCCAAUGCCCUGGUUAUCCACACAGUGCUGACCCAGCGAAGCCUGCACCAGCCCAUGUACCUGCUCAUCACUCUGCUCCUGGCUGUCAACAUCUGUGCCGCCUCCACCGUGGUGCCCAUCAUGCUCUUUAGCUUCUCCGCACACUUCAACCACAUCUCCCUGGCUCGCUGCCUGGUCCAGAUGUUCUGCAUCUACUUCCUCAUUGUCUUUGACUGCAACAUCCUCCUGAUCAUGGCCCUGGACCGCUAUGUCACCAUCUGCUACCCUCUCCACUACCCAGAGAUGGCGACAGGCCAGUUGCUGGCUGGCCUAGUAGGGGUGGCAGCUGCCAGGAGCACUUGCAUUGUUGCUCCAGUGGUGUUUCUGGCCUCCAGGGUCCACUUCUGCCACUCAGACAUGAUCCACCACUUUGCCCUCAUGAAGCUCUCCUGUGGGGACAUCUCCCUAAACAAGACUGUGGGGCUCACUGUUCACAUCUUCAACAGAGUCCUGGACAUGCUCCUACUAGGCGCCUCCUAUUCCCAUAUUAUCCAUGCUGCCUUCAGGAUUUCAUCAGGUAAAGCACGCUCCAAGGCCCUGAACACCUGUGGCUCCCACCUGCUGGUCAUCUUCACCGUCUACUCAUCCACCAUGUCCUCAUCCAUUGUCUAUCAUGUGGCCUGCACUGCCUCCCAGGACGUGCACAACCUGUUCAGCACCUUCUACCUGCUGCUCCUAUGUCUGGUCAAUCCCAUCAUCUACGGGGCCAGAACCAAGGAAAUCAGGUACCACCUGGCAACUCUGUUCCAAAGGACACCACUACAGGUCCCCUCCAAGAAGCCCGAGUCUCUACCCUGA